CGAAUUCAUUUCCGGUAUAAAACAGCCGCCGAUAGUUGCAGGCGCGCCACAUUCAACUUACUGUUUCUGAGCUACUGCUUCGGAGAGAACCAAACAACAGCAAUAUUACUCUUAUUUUCUUGUUACCAUCUUUAUUGAUAUUUAAACUUUUCAUAAAAAUGGACUGUGUGGAUUUCCCGAGAGUUCUUCCAAACUCACCGAGGAAAGCCCGGGGACAGAUUCAGGUCAUCUUUGGACCCAUGUUUUCAGGCAAAAGCACUGAGCUGAUGAGGAGGGUGCGCCGCUUCCAGAUAGCUCAGUACAACUGCCUGGUGAUCAAAUAUGCCAAAGACCAACGAUACAGUGACACAGGCAUGGCCACACAUGACAAAAACACAAUGGAGGCUGUACCAGCCAACAGUCUGGGGGAUGUGAGGUCACUGGCACUGAACGCCUGUGUCAUUGGAGUUGAUGAAGGACAGUUUUUUCCAGACACGGUGGAGUUUUGUGAGGAGAUGGCCAAUUUAGGAAAGACAAUCAUUGUAGCUGCCUUGGAUGGAACUUUCCAGAGAAAGCCAUUUGGACACAUCCUGAAUCUUGUCCCUCUGGCAGAGAGCGUGGUGAAGCUCCACGCUGUCUGCAUGCAGUGUUACAAAGAAGCUGCCUACACCAAGAGGAUAGGAGCAGAGAAGGAGGUGGAAGUGAUCGGCGGAGCAGACAAAUAUCAGGCAGUGUGUAGAAAGUGUUACGGGGGUCUAAUGGAGGAAAAAGAGAACAGUACUCCCUACAGGAAUGAAACUCCACAACAUCCCUCUGGGAAAAUCCUAGACUGCGGAAUUCCCCGGAAACCUUUCUCCUCUCUCCAUCUCUGAGCGCUAAAACCAGACAUGUAGCACAAGAUCUCGGGAGAGCUGUGCGUGUGUGUGUGUUUGCAAGAGCAUUGGACAAUUUUUUUAUUUUUUAAACUGACAUACUUUGAAAUGAUUGGCGUUUGUUUGUAUUUUAAGGUAUCUUGAUGCGUCUACAGUGGAAUUGAGUUAUCAGCUCAGUUUGUUUCUUAUGAAUUUGGUGUCAAACAGUGUUGACCUACUUUUUCUGUGUUUUAUUACUUGAUUGAAGGGGAUGUGCACUGAAAAAAAAAAAAAUGCAUUAACCAGCUAAUAUUUCACUGACGUAGGCUUCACUAUAACAUCUGUAAUAUUUAUGCAAUUUGUACCUUCUUUAACUGUAGAUAUUUCCUGGUGACUAAAGUUAUAAUUUAUUUUAUCUUAAAUGUUUGUGUUGCCAUCAUUUAUCAUGAAUUUGUGGGAAAGUUUGUUUCACUAUGUAUGGCUGACCCGGAGCGGUACAAUAGUAAAAUGUACGGUUUUCGAAACAGUUGACAUGCUCUUUUACACAAAUGUAUUAAAAGUAAGUGUUUUGAAUGUU